AUGGCGGAGCCAUCGGUGAGCGUCGAUCAGUUUACGGUGGAAGAUUUGUUGAAUAUUCAUCAAAUGAUAUAUUUGCCGAGUACUUUAGACUUAUUAAUAAGUCAUCUUGAGAAGGGAAUUGCUCAAGGGGGCGCCUCUCCUGAUCUAUGUUCUGCUGUCUUGAGGCUUUACUUGCUCUACCCCCAGUGUGCAAAUGCAGAAGUAGUAAGAAAGAUUCUCGUUCAAAAUAUCGUUGCUCUACCAGAAAAUCAAUUCGGAUAUUAUGCAUGCAUUUCUCCUUCUCAUUUCCCUGCCCCAGAAGACGAGAAACGCGUUCAAGACAUACUUACCUUGCAGGAGCACAUUGAAGCCUGCAACUUCAGAGCAGCGUGGAGUAUGCUGCGGGAGCCAGAUAUGUCUGAUGUGCUGCACACCCCCGGAGUAGUCGAUGCGUUGCGUCGGUAUAUAUGCGAAGUGCUGCAGCUAACAUUUUCUACGAUAUCUCUUGGAGAUUUCUGUCUGAUGUUGAACUUGAACAGCAGCAGCAGCAGCAGCAGCAGCAGCAACGCUUCUGCUGCUGUUGAUGAGAAGGUGGAGAAGCUUAUUAAAGCUAGAGGCUGGAGCAUUGAAGAAGGCAUAUCCGGAGGCAAAGUAGUAAGAAUUACGCCGAGAGAUGCAGACUCUCCAAAGGCAGUUGCAACUCGCGCUUCUGUUGCACACAAAACCGUAGAAAAAUAUCUCUCUCCUGAAGGCCUUCAGCAGUGUCUUUCCCUGCUGCAGUGCUAA